AUGCUUGACUUUCUCUCCCCGCGAAAGCUGUUGACCCAGCUCACCCUGGGCGCCGGCCUCGUUGCGGCUCAGCUCCAGACUAUCAGCAACUUCGGACCAACCUAUGACACCCGUCUGGUUAUGCAGGCCUAUGUCCCGAGUAACCUUCCCGCCAACCCAGCAGUGAUGGUCGCUCUCCACGCUUGUGGUGGUACUGGACCUGGCUAUUUCCAGCAGACCAAGUACAAGUCUCUCGCCGACUCCCGUGGCGUCAUUCUCAUCUUCCCAUCUUCGCCCAAGGACUCUAACUGCUGGGAUGUCGCCAGCACCAAGACCCUCAAGCACGGUGGCCAGGGCGACAGCCAGGUCAUUGUCAGCAUGGUUGACUAUGCCAUCAACACGUGGAAGGCCGAUCGCAACAAGGUUUUCGUCACUGGUACCAGCUCCGGAUGUAUGAUGACUAAUGUCCUCGCCGCGACAUACCCCGACCGCUUCGCUGCUGCCACCUGCUACUCGGGCGUUGCCGCCGGAUGCAUGGCCGGAUCACCUGGAUCCAGCCCUAUCAGCUCUGACCGUAAAUGCUCUGACGGAAAGAUCGUCAAGUCAGGACAAGAGUGGGCCAACCAGGUCAAGGCUAUGUACCCUGGCUACAGCGGCUCUUACCCUCGAUUCAAGACCUGGCACGGUACCGCCGACUAUCUGGUUACUUAUCAGAACUUGCAGGAGCAGAUCAAGGAGUGGUCUACACUUCAUGGCGUUUCUCUUGCCAGCAGCCAGCAGAACACUCCUCAGCCUAACUACACCACCAUGAUCUACGGAGACGGAACUAAGUUUGUCGCUGUUUCUGCUGCUGGAGUUGGACAUGUUGUACCUACCCACGAAGACGACGACUUUAAGUGGUUCCGUCUUACUUAA